AUGAGUGAAAGUACAACUGUGGAACGCCAUUCAAACGGCACCACCACUGUGACAUCCACUAAAACAGCAGUCGAUACAAAUGGUAAUGUCUUUAAGGUACCAGACUACUCUAUUAAGGACAUUUUAGGCGCGAUCCCUAAGGAAUGUUACAAUAGGAGCACGCUUUGGUCUUUGCACUAUGUUGUUAGAGAUGUUAUCGCGAUUUGUAUCAUCGGAUACGUCGGUACCAACUAUAUUCCAGUGUGGUUCCCAAACAGCGCUUUGUUGAGAUUUGCAGCCUAUAUGGUUCAAUCAUAUUUGAUUGGUUUGUUUGGUUUUGGUUUAUGGAUUCUAGCUCACGAGUGUGGUCAUGGUGCUUUCUCAGAUUCACGUUUGAUCAAUGAUACCGUGGGAUGGGUAUUGCACUCAUGGUGGAUGGUUCCAUACUUCUCAUGGAAAUUCUCUCAUUCCAAACACCACAAAGCUACUGGGCAUAUGACUAGGGAUAUGGUCUUUGUUCCUUACACCAAAAAGGAAUACUUGGAAGUAAAGGGCAAAUCAAAGUUAAAGGAAAUAACGGAGGAAGCUCCUAUUGUUACUCUUUUGACAUUGAUCGCACAACAAAUCGGUGGUUUGCAAUUGUACUUGGCAACCAACGCUACUGGUCAAUCAUAUCCAGGCGUUCCUAAAUUUUUCAAAUCUCACUACUGGCCAACGUCUCCAGUCUUUGACGCCAAAGAUUUCUGGUACAUUAUUCUAAGUGACAUCGGUAUCAUUUCCACUCUUUCAAUUAAUUAUCUAUGGGCCAAAUCUUAUGGUUCUCAUGUCAUGCUAAUCAACUGGUUUGUUCCAUGGUUAUGGGUUAACCAUUGGUUAGUUUUUGUUACCUUUUUACAGCACACUGAUCCAACAAUGCCGCAUUACGACUCCAACGAAUGGUCUUUUGCUAAGGGUGCCGCAGCAACCAUUGAUAGAAACUUUGGCUUUGUUGGCCAACAUAUCUUCCACGAUAUCAUCGAAACUCAUGUUUUGCACCACUACUGCUCGAGAAUUCCUUUCUACAAUGCUCGUGUAGCCACUGAAGCCAUCAAAAAAGUUAUGGGCGAACACUACCGUUACGAAGGAGAGAACAUGUGGUUGUCUCUCUGGAAGGUAGCCAGAUCUUGUCAAUUUGUUGAUGGUGACAAUGGUGUUCUAAUGUUCAGGAACACCAACGGAAUUGGUCAACCUUGCGAAGAAUAA